AUGGACAGUCCUCUGUCUAAGAAGCAGAAAACACAUAUCGAUAGAGAUGAGGAUUCUUCGCUGGAAGAAGCUUCAAUAGAUGUGACAAGAGUCUCGAGAUCGAGAACUCCUCGGAAAUUGGUUUUAGGAUCUCCCAGCAAACAAUUUGAGAUCUCACAGCGGGGAAACUCAUCUUCUUCUAAUGUUCCAUUUUUACAACCGUUGAAAGACGAUUUUACAAGCUCUAGAAGCCGAAUAUAUUCACAAUCUCCACCAAGAUCACCAAACAGAUCGCCUACGCGGAAAUUAGAGCUGAUACAGUUGUCUCCGGCGAAAAAAACAAGGCUGGAGAUACACAAGCUUCAAAAUAGCCAACACGGGCCGGGAACGGUCCAACGACUUUGCAUACACCAACUAGUCCUAACGAAUUUCAAGUCCUACGCUGGUAAACAGGUUGUGGGACCCUUUGAUACUUCGUUUUCCGCUGUUGUAGGACCCAAUGGGUCUGGAAAGUCGAAUGUCAUCGACUCCUUGCUUUUCGUUUUCGGAUUUCGUGCAAACAAAAUGCGGCAAGGCAGGCUAUCAGAUCUAAUCCAUAAGUCAGAAGCGUUUCCUUCCCUAGAGUUUUGCCAAGUGGAUAUAUUCUUCCAGUACGUUCAGGACGAGCCAGACGGUAGAACCACCCUCAACAAAGAUAAACAACAACUCGUUGUUAGCAGAAAGGCGUGGAAAAACAGCUCAUCCAAAUACUACGUAUGUGGCAAAGAAAGCAGUUUUACCCAGGUGACGCAGCUUUUGCGCAACGAAGGCAUCGACAUGGAUCAUAAAAGAUUCUUGAUCUUACAGGGUGAGGUCGAAAGCAUAGCACAGAUGAAACCCAAAGCUGAAAAGGAGAACGAUGAUGGGCUACUCGAGUACUUGGAGGAUAUCAUCGGAACUGCAAAGUAUAAACAGCUGAUAGAGCAGACGGUUCUAGAAAUUGAACAGCUGAAUGAAGCUUGUCAAGAGAAGGAAAAUAGGUUCGAGAUAGUCGAAAGGGAGAAAAGCUCCUUGGAGUCUGGCAAAGAUGAAGCAAUGGAAUUUCUUGAGAAAGAGAAGCAACUAACAAUGUUGCGAAGUAAAGUCUUGCAACAUAAUUUGUGGCAGAGUGAUAAAAAGCUUGAAGAUAUUCAACGAAAGAAAUCGGGUUUCGAGGAAAGCUUAGCAAGCGAACGCUCAAAACAUGCACAAUAUCAGAAAGAAAUGAAGGAGUUAGAGGAUCAAUGUCAGAAUUUCAAGAAAAAGCUAGGAGAUCUUAAGGAAAAAGAAAGGACUCUUGUGCUGAAGAAACGAGAUGGCGAUCGUGAUAAAAUUUCUGCGGAAGAAAGACUGAAAAAUCUCAAUCAAAAGAAAGGAAAGUGCGAGAGAUCACAAAGCACUACACAGGCCUCAAUUGCAAAAACAGAGGUGAGGCUGGCUGAGUUGCAAAAGGAUCAAGAAGAGUAUAAUGCUCAGAUUGUAGAGUUGAAUAAAAGCUUGAGCGAAGAGAAAAUCAAACUAGAUGAUAUCAAAUUUUCCUUGAAGGAUAAGACUGGGGCUCUUACAGAUGAAAUAGCGAAGCUGCAAAAAGAUCUUGAGCCGUGGAACGCACGUCUUCAGGCUAAGAAUUCUCAAUUAAACCUGGAAGAGACCAGAAUUUCGGUCUUUAAAGAAUCACACGCCAAAGUCGUACAAGACAUAAAACUCACUGAAGAUCAGAUUUCAUCCCUAAAUGAAAAGAUUGCUGCGGUGCGCGAUGACAUACAACGUCUUGGUCAUGAGGGAGCUACGAUCAACAAACAAUUGACUAUCGGUCAAAGUGAGUGUGACACCGCAUCUGUGAAGAUCAAAGAGAUGAAGGCGGUUCUUACUGCCCAUCGGCAACGGAGUGUUGACGCACGAGCGUCACUCUCCACUGUUGAGAACAAGAGCAAAGUUUUAGCUGCGCUUCUCCGUCUGAAAAAGUCCGGCCGCAUCUCGGGUCUUCAUGGGAGGUUAGGUGAUCUCGGAAUAAUAGACGACAAAUUCGAUGUAGCCAUAUCCACGGCGUGUCCGAGGCUUGAUGACAUCGUAGUGGAGACGGUAGACUGUGCACAGCAAUGCAUUGAGUAUUUGAGAAAUAACAAAUUAGGUUACGCGAGAUUCAUUUUGCUUGAUAAGCUACGACCUUUCAAAUUAAAUCCGAUUGUAACCCCAAACAAUGUCCCUAGGCUUUUCGACUUAGUGAAGCCACAUAAUGAAAAGUUCAAGAAUGCGUUUUAUAGUGUCCUCAGAGAUACAUUAGUGGCAGAAGACUUACGGGAAGCGAAUCGUGUCGCGUAUGGCAAACAAAGAUUUAGAGUUGUGACAUUAGAUGGUAAGAUGAUCGAUCUUUCAGGGGCAAUGAGUGGUGGUGGUAAUUACAAGGCAAGUGGACUAAUGAAAUCUGAACGUCAGGAUAAUUCCAACACGCUGACUGCAGAGGAUAUAAUGCGCAUUGAUGCUGAACUAGUUGAAAGAGAGAAGAACUUCAAAAUAGCAAAUACGACCCUACAUGAAAUGGAAGAAGCAUUGCAAACGCUGAAAGAUAGAGAACCAGAGAUUGGACUCGAUAUUUCGAAGCGCGAAAUGGAUAUUGAAUCCUUGCUUCUCGAUAUAAAGGCAAGCGAGCAGAAACUGGCUAACUUGCGAAAAGAGCACGCGGAGAAGAAUAAUUCGAAUGAUGAACUGUCCACGGCGGAAAACAAGGUUGCGAUGUUAAAAGAUGAGUGCAAUCAACUAAAAGUAGAGAUGAAGUCGAAAAAUGUUGCAAUUGAUAACCUUCAACAGGAAAUUAUGAAAGUUGGUGGUACAAAUUUUCAGGUGCAAACCUCUAAAGUGGAAUCUAUUGCUCAACACAUUGAGAUCAUACUUGGUAAGCAGAAAAGAGACAAGAAUGCGAUCAGGAAAGCAGAAGGUGAUUUACGCCGCUCUCAGCGACAAAACGAAGAGCUUUCAAAAGAAUCAGUUAAAUGUACAGCUGAAUUGCAAGGAAUGGAAGAUGUUCUCUCAAAGGCCAGUGAUGAAUUAGCUUCAUUGGAGGAGCAACUCGAAAAACAUCUUGAUGACGUUUCCUCGCUGGAAGAGGAGUUAAAGAUUGUGGAGGAGCAAUUGGAGCAGAAGGUGGACCUUGACAGUGGAUUCAGAGUUCUAGAGGCUGAUAUCAACAGCCAGCUGGAAAAGCUUCGUGAAGUGAUCAAUGCUAUGCAGAAAGAGCGCACAUCGUUAGAAACACAGCUUGGGAGCUUGGAGAUACGUGAUGUCACCGCAAUAUUGGAUCAGCUUGAAGAAAACAUUCUUCCUCCUGAUUACGUAGUUACGCAAAAUGACAGGACAGCCGAACUAGAUGAUGAAGGUGGAGACAUCAUGGACGUCGAUGAACAGGAAAAUGUGAGCCGACAAUCCCAAGACUUUAGCCAGGACAUAGAACAUCAAGACAAAAUGGAAGUGGAUCGUCCUAGUGGGCUACCAAAGCUUUUACCAUCGGAGUUGGAAGCGCUAAAUCUAGAAGGCAUCAAUCUCGAGAUGGCACAACUGCAAGACUUCCUCGACAACGCGCACGUUGAUAUUGAGGUUUUGGAGGAAUAUGCUAAGAGCUUGGCAGAUUUUAAGGCGCGCAAACUAGAUCUCAAUUUGGCCGUCGAGAAUCGAGAAAAGGUUCGACAAGUCAGCGAAGACCUGAAGAAGAAAAGGCUUGAUGAAUUCAUGAAUGGUUUCAAUGCAAUUUCGAUGACCUUGAAGGAGAUGUAUCAAAUGAUUACAAUGGGAGGCAAUGCCGAGCUGGAGCUCGUGGACAGUUUAGAUCCGUUUUCUGAGGGGGUACUUUUUAGUGUUAUGCCUCCAAGAAAAAGUUGGAGAAAUAUUUCCAAUCUAAGCGGUGGAGAGAAGACUUUGAGCUCAUUGGCCCUAGUGUUCGCUCUCCACAAGUACAAGCCCACCCCGCUUUAUGUCAUGGACGAAAUUGAUGCCGCCCUCGAUUUUCGAAACGUUUCGAUUGUUGCAAAUUACAUUAAGGAACGCACGAAAAAUGCCCAGUUCAUUGUGAUCUCCCUUCGAAACAAUAUGUUCGAGCUCGCACAACAACUUGUGGGUAUCUAUAAAAACAGCAAUAUGACUAAAAGCGUGGCGCUGCAAAAUAGAGACUUGAUUGAUAGAGUUUGA